AUGUCACAGGAAGAUAAAAUAAGAAGUUUAUUGUUUAAGGACCCAAUAACAGAAGAAGAAACGGCAAGUCUUCAUAUGCCAGAUAAUUAUUUGUGUGAAGCUUGCUUGGGCGUGACACAUUGUCUCGAGAAAGUUUUUCAGCGCAUUGACGAAAGGCAUACAAAAAGAAAAUUAACUGAAUCCAGUAUUGUUGAAGCAGUUGAAAACCUUUGCAGAAAUGAAGAGUUAUGGCAUGAGUAUGGACUAAAAGAAGUUGAUGGGAAAAAAAAAUUGUCAGGGCCUGGACUAGACGCUGACUCAGUUAUUGGCAUGCAUAUGAGUGGAAAGCACUGGCCAUUCAGAAUGAUGGAUUUUUGCUGGAAGUUGAUAGGAGACACUGAAGAUGUUGAACUUUACAAAAUCUUUAAAGAAGGAAAAUUAAAUAAAACAUUGUGCUAUGGAGGAAAAAGGAGUUACUGUAAAGAACAAAUAAAAACAGAACUCUGA